CAGAAAACACAUCUGAAAAGCUCCUCUAACACACACCACCUACGGCUGCAGAUAUGAUGCACGCUGCUUUUCUCCUCCUGUUCGUCUUUGCAGUAGCUGGGGUGCCCGCUGCAAAAAUGUGCACUUACCAGGACGUUCUGGACUACCUGAACCUGACCGCAGAUAACAGUGUGUUUAAACUGACCCGGCCUGUUCUCAACUACACACACCCCACCAUAGUAGAGCUGGACAUCCUCCUCUAUGCCAUCUUGGCUGUGAGAUGGAACGAUGAGCGCAUCUCUUGGGACCCCUCUCAGUUUUGUGGAAUCACUCGGAUCUCGAUUCCUAGAGAAAUGCUCUGGAGACCGGACCUCUUUAUCUAUGAGAUGAUACAGAAGGAUGAGUCCCCUCAGAAUCUCUACAUGAGCGUGACAUACAAUGGGAUGGUCAUUUCUGAGGAGGACAUAAAGGUUGUCAGCACCUGUAAGAUGGACGUCCACAAGUUCCCCUUCGAUACGCAGAGAUGCAACAUUUCCACUGGAUCUGCAAUACACUCUGUUGAUGAAAUCCGAGUCCUUCCUUUCUCCAACUCCUCCCGAGCGACGCAGUUUUCCCGAGAGGUGAUGAAGACGCAGGGAGAGUGGGAGUUUCUCCAACUAACUGUCGACACAGCCAAUUUCACCUUCCACGAUAGAGAGUGGGAACAGCUCGUAUACACUUUCACCGUAAAGAGGAGGCCUCUCCUCCAUGUCAUCAACUUCCUGUUGCCCAUCCUGUUCUUCCUGAGUCUGGACCUUGCUUCCUACUUCAUCGCAGACCAUCGGGGAGAAAAGCUGGGCUUCAAAGUUACCGUGCUUCUGGCCAUCUCAGUACUGCUGCUCAUCCUGAAUGACAUCCUGCCGUCCAUGUCCAACAAGACUCCGCUCGUAGCUACCUACUGCAUUGUGAUUUUUGCUCUGAUGCUGCUCAGUCUGCUGGAGACAAUCUUGGUUACGUAUCUUAUGGAGCAAGACGAUGCAUCCCAGGAGAAGCUCAGGCUGAGGGACAACUGCGAGGACAAACAGGAAAAAGUCCAAGUCUAUGACUGUAAUACAGAGGAGAAAAGACAGACCUGCUGUUCAUGCAUCUGCAAAGCCUCUGACGAUGAGAAACAGCAUGAAAUGCUGCCUGCGUCUCAAGAGGUAAAGUAUUUUAGUUACAGGAUUGUUAUAGCUAGCCAGGUGGAGGAAAUCCUGUAUGUCAUUGUGGAGAACAGCAUUCAAUCAGGAGAGUCUCAUGUGCUACUGUUGAUCCUGAAAGAGAUGAAGGAUCUGCAAAAAACUCUGAAUCUGCAUCUGGGCUUCAAAAAGGAAGAAGGGAAGGCCAGCCAAUGGGCCACAAGAAUCAACAGAGCGUUCUUCAUUUUCUACGUCACCACUGUGUCACUGUUUAUACCCUUUAUCUUCAUGGAGUGGAACACUUAG